GAGGUGUCGGACACAACUAACAUGGCGCCCUCGUUGGAAAGGUGUGCGGGGGAGAUGAAACGAUAAACAAACUCGUCCAGGAACAAGAGUGAUGGCUUAACGGCCGUUUUACCUGGUCCAACAUGGCGAAGGAGCGGAAGUGUAUUCUCUGUCACAUCGUCUAUAGCUCAAAGCAGGAGAUGGAUGAGCACAUGAGGAGCAUGCUGCACCAUCGAGAGCUGGAGAAUAUUAAAGGGCGGGACUGCGACCACGAGUGCCGGGUGUGCCGGGUGUCGGUGGUGGGCCUCACCGCGUACGCCGGCCACAUCUCCAGCCCCCUGCACAAGCAGCGCACCGAGGAGCAGGAGCGCCAGAGUGGCGCCGAGGGCCCGGACGAGGAGUACUUCGACAAGGAGCUGGUGCAGCUCAUCGAGAAGCGCAAGGAGCAGAUCCGGAAAGAGGAAGAGGCGGCAGCCAAGCAAGCCCAGGAGGAGGAGCGGAGGAAGCUGCAGCAGCUCAACGCAGAGAGGCAGUGGCUCCAGCAGGGGGCGCCAUGGGGCUGGGGCCCCCCAGGUUUUCCCUCACCGCCCAGGGGCCCGGCCAACUGGCGGGGCGCGGGUCCCAAGUGGAACUCCGCAAGAGGGCACCACGGAGGGCCGUGGCACCCGAGUGGCGGGCCGAGAACCUGGAACCAAGACACCCAGGACCAGGGUGCACCCUGGCACCCCGAGGUCCCCGCCAACCUGCAGAAGUGGGGCAGAGGGGCGUGGGGGGGCAAGAGCAAGGGGGGGUACCAGGGCUUCCCCCCCGCAAAGAGAGGCCAGCCCCGGGGACCGAGCGGCGCGGCCCUGUAUAACGCGAGCGGGUUCUACUGGGACCCGAGGGCAGCGUCCUUCCUGGAGGGAAUGCAGUCCGAUCUGGGCAUGGACUUCACCAGCGACCAGCUCCCCCAGUCCGGCGCCAUCCAUUUCAGCGGGGGGGCCCCGGGGUGGGAGGGGGGUCCCCCGGCCCGCGGGGGGGUCCCGGGGUGGGAGGGGGGGCCCCCGGCCCGCAGGGGGGGGCAGCAGGGCAGGGACACGCCCAACGGAGGAGACCACGGUAAAGCCGGCGGCCCCAAGGACCGCCUGUACCGCUGGUCCCCGUACCCCCUGGCCAAACUCGGGGACGCACCGCCGGAGCAGAGCGAGGACGGCAGGGGCCCCCCGAGCUACGGGACGGUCCUGCCCGCGGGGGUGAAAGACCUGACGUUCAAGUUUGACUUGCUGGGCUCCAUGCAGACCCGGGACCCCCCCGGGAGGGGCAACGGCCCCCAGCCGAAACAGGGCCCGGGGAAGAAGCAGCGUCAUCAGAAGUCUGGCCGCGGCGGAGCCGGUUGCCGUGACAGCAAACGGGACGAACCGAGCCGGGCCGCCCCGAAACCGGCCAGGCCCACGGAGCAGCCCCCGGAGAGGGCCUCUUCCACCUCCAGAUCCGUCCUGUUCAGGCCGCCCCCCAGGUGGGACUGCGAAAUCCCCGCCCCCUCUAAGCUCUUUCGCCGACCGAGUCUGGAUGUGCCGGUGCCGUUGGGUCGGAGGGGCUCUGCCGAAACGUCUGUGGUGGGUCCCGUGAGGAGGGAGGAGGAGGAGGAAGGGCAGGAGGCGGAGAGCUCGGAGGGCAGGGUGGGGCGGGACUGGGAGGGGAGGCGCAGGAGUAGCAGGCCGGUGAACCAACCCUCGUUCCAAAACCCUGGCGGUCCGAGGCGGAGCUCCUACCCUCAGGAAGAGUCGAAAAAGUCCGGCAGCCCGCUCCCUACACCCCAAGCCCUGUCCCUGCAGUCAGUGCAGGUCAGCACCUCCACCUGCGACACACCCGAAAGGGCGGAGUCGUCCCCCCGGGCGGAGGAGGAGGAGGUCCAGGGGGAGGGGAAGAGCGAUAAGGAGCCGUCCACUCAAGCGACGGACGAGGGUCUGGGCUCCGACAGCGACCCGUCCCGCCCUGGACCGGCCCACCCGGCGGGGGUGCCCGUCCUCAACAAGCUGGGGCUCCCCGCCUCCCUGAAACGGGACCUGACCCGCCACAUGGGCCCCAAGGGCAAGGUGGGCGGCCAGGAGCCCAACCUCAACAUCGCCCGCCGCAUCCGAAACCUGAGCGGGACGCGGAAGGGCGAGGCGGAGAAGGACUCGGGGCUCAAGCCCACUCUGCGGCAGCUAAUCAGCUCCACCGGGUCCCGCCGAAACGUCAACUGGGACCAGGUGUACCAGGAGGUCACCCGCAAGAAGCAGGAGCAGGAGAAGGGCAUGCCCAGGUUUGGGAUUGAGAUGGUGACGUCCGUGCCCUUUGACCCGGAAGGGCUUGAGGAGGGGGACGAGGAUCUGUCGGAGGGGUACCAAUGGGACGCCAUCUGUGAGCCUCUCGCUGCCAUCCCGGGGGCGGGGCCACGCAAGCGCAGCCUAUCGGAGAGCAGUGUGGUGGGUGAUCGCGCCCCCAACACACUGUGCCUGUUCGGGGGUGCCACCCCCCCUAGGGACCGUCCCGAGGGGCCCCCCAGGCUGGUAUCCGAGCCCCAGGGAGGAGCCUCGCUUGGCCCGGGGACGGGCGUUGCCAAAGCGGAGAAGGAGGCGGAGCUGGGGGGAGUCGAAAACUUGGAGGGGGACAGCAGCUGCACCUCGGAGGCCGAGCAGAACGACGCUCAGGGCCUGGGGAAGAAACGCAGAGCGGCGGGGGAAAUUCCGUCUCCAGAAAUUCCCAGCUUGGAACGGAAGAAUAAAAGGAUGAAAAUCAAAUGUAAAAAAGAGCGCUCUCAGGUGGACCAGUUGCUGGAGGUGUCUCUGCGGGAGGAGGAGCUGAGCAGCUCCCUGCAGGCCGUGGACAGCAGCCUGAUCCAGGCCCGGGCCGCCCUGCAGGCCGCCUACAUGGAGGUGCAGCGGCUGCUGGUGGUCAAGCAGCAGGUUACUAUGGAGAUGAGCACGCUGAGGUCCAAGCGCAUUGAGAUCCUGCAGGGAAUGCAAGAUGGGUACAGUGGUGCUGCACCCCUGGGAGAGAUGAUCAGCGCUGAGACUCCUGCAGCCAUCCUCUCCACCCCCCCCUCCUCCUCCACUCUGCUGGGCCCCUUCUCCCCUCUCCCAAACGCCCCUGUGUAUCCCCCCGUGCAGCCCCCCCCGUCCCUGCUGCCCCCCCCGUCCCUGCUGCCCCCGGUCCUGCAGCAGGCUGCCCCGCCUGCCUCUCUGUCCCCCUCCCAUCCCAUCGCAACCCCCCCGCCCAUCAAACAGGAGCCCACCUCCCCUGUGGAGAGCCCCCACAGCGCCCCCUAUGGGUCAGCUCCGGAACCUCCUCUCACCUCUGCUCUCACAGACUCUGCCCAGCCCAAACCAUCCAUGUUCCAGUCGCUAAGUGUCGCCCGUCGCACGAGCAUUAGCUCUCAGGACAGCGGGAGCGUCUCCAUAGAGACCAGGCCGGCGCGUAUGAGGGAGGCCUGCCCCCCCAUCCUACAGGAGAGAGGUGUACUGGUGUCCGAACCCUGCUGUUUCACCGUCCCAGAGAGGCCCGUCUGCACCCCGCCCCGACGCCGGGACUCCCAAACCGGGGCCACCGACCGCUCCGAGGUCCUGACCGAAACCUCCUGCUCCACCGGCGGGACGUUACCCCCGCCCGCCGCCGAACCCGCCGCCCCGGCCCCGGCCUCGCCCCCCGCCCCGGCCGAGAAGGGCGGCAAGCGCGUGCGGAAGCUGAAGAAGAAGAGGGCGCUGAGGAAGGGCCUGGGGGCGGAGCAGCCCGCGAACAGCGACACCGAGCAGGACGGCGAGGCCGACGCCUCCUCCCGGCCCGUGCGCCGGAUCAAGGCCAAGAAGAAGGCCAAGGGGGCGCAGGUCAGCACCUCCACCCCGGCCGCGGCGGGGCAGGAGCGGCCGCAGGAGGACCCCGGGGAGGGCCGGCCCCCCAGGCCCCGGGCGCAGGAGGAGGAGGAGGCCAGGGCCGAAAGCGACGACUCCUCCUCCCUGGAGAUGGUGGAGCUCCCGCAGCCCGGCCCGGUCGCCGUGGUCUCCAUCGACGACUCGUCCGACGAGGAGACCGCCCCGGCCGCCGUGGGAACGCCCGCGGAGACCCCCGCGACCCCCGACCCCGUGAAGCCGGCGACCCCGAACCUGGCCUGCGAUGAGGUCAGCUCCACCAGCGAGAUGGACAGCACCAGAACCAAGGCCUGCGCCAGUCAAACCCAGCCGCCCCCCACCACUGUGAAAGAGCUCAAGGAGAACUCGGACGGGUGUUCAGACCCGGGCGAGCAGGACGAGCCCACAGAGGGCUGGUUUGAGGGGCACCAGGCGGCGGUGAACUCCAUGCAGGUCCACGGCGGGCAGCUGUUCACCUGCUCCGGGGACCGCACAGUCCGGGCCUUCGACCUGGUGAGCCGGAAGUGCGUGGCGGUGUUCGAGGGCCACAGCACCAAGGUGAACUGCCUGCUGGUGUCCUCCGCACCUGGCCUGAGGCAGCGGCUCUACACCGGCUCCAGCGACCAGACCAUCCGCUGCUACAACCUGAAGACGGGGGAGUGCGUGCAGCAGAUGUCUCUGCCGGACCGGGUCCUGUGUCUCCACAGCCGCUGGAAGAUCCUGUAUGCCGGCCUCGCCAACGGCAACGUGGUCAGCUUCAACCUGAGGAAUAACCGGCAGAUGGACGUGUUCGAGUGCCAUGGGCCGCGGGCGGUGAGCUGCCUGGUGUCGGCGCAGGAGGGGGCGCGGCGCCUCCUGCUGGUGGGGUCGUACGACUGCACCAUCAGCGUGAGGGACGCCAGGAACGGGCUCCUGCUGCGCAUGCUGGAGGGCCACACCAAGACCGUGCUGUGUAUGAAGGUGGUGAAUGACCUGGUCUUCAGCGGGUCCAGCGACCAGUCUGUCCAAGCACACAACAUCCACACUGGCGAGCUGGUUCGCAUCUAUAAGGGCCACAGCCACGCGGUUACCGUGGUAGCCAUCCUGGGGAAGGUGAUGGUGACGGCGUGUCUGGACAAGCUGGUCCGCGUGUACGAGCUGAAGUCCCACGACCGGCUGCAGGUCUACGGCGGACACAAGGACAUGGUGAUGUGCAUGGCCAUACACAAGAGCAUGAUCUACACGGGCUGCUAUGACGGGAGCGUGCAGGCCGUCAGGCUGAACCUGAUCCAGAACUACCGCUGCUGGUGGCACGGCUGCUCGCUGAUCUUCGGCGUGCGGGACCACCUGCAGCAGCACGUGCUGUGCGACCACGCCAGCCCCAGCUUCCAGACCCUCAAGUGCCGCUGGAGAAACUGUGACUCCUUCUUCACCGUGCGCAACAACUCCCACGAGGAUGUCCCCCUGCACAUGCAGACCCACGUGGAGAUGGACAGCAAGCUGGAGCCAGCCGGUUUUCAGAGUGCUCACCAGGCGCCGCGUUGCCGUGGAGACAGACGUGCGUUUUGAAGUGACAGUUGAUCAGUUUGCGGUUUGCAGUGGUGGUUCCAGAGCACAGUGACGGAGGUUUGCGUGUUCCGUGUGAACAGACUGGUAUAUGUACGUGGGGUUGUUUUUUUCCCCCCCAUUGAGGCUGUGUGAGUAUCUAAUUUUGUGUUGUAGGUUUUAAUGUGGAAUAACUGUUUGUUCUGAGAGUUUGUUGUGGUGUUCAUCGAGGUGUUAGAAGCUUUGUGGGCCGGACACCUUGAAUACAGGGUGACUUUGUUUUAAAAUCUUAAUAUUGCUAUAUUAUUUUAUAUUUUGAUACAGUGACAUUAGGCAAACGUAUAUAUCGGCAGGCUAUUGACAUUUAACACAAAUGAAAUUAUCUUGAACUAGACUGCCCUGUUCAGUCUAGUGGUGUGCACUUCCCAGCCUCAUCAGGAAUAUCCCCUUCCCCACUGACUUCUGGGUCAUCUACCUUUUCUUCUGACUUCCGCCUGGUCAGUCACAGUGAGAUGGGUGUGGAUCUACCCGCUUCAUCAAAUCAGAUAGGCCUGUUCACAUUCUCUGUUGGCAUGGCAACCAUGCUCACUUCCCAUUUGCUGGCAGUUCUGUUCCCAAAUCCGCUACCUUCUGCGUUUUAUUACAAUUCACCAGAAAGCCUUAGGACAUCACAGAUUAAAGAAAAUAACGAUCAAUGGAAAUUUUGACUUUGAAAGGUUUGAGUUUGAGUGCUGUUUGUUUGUUUUUUUACAUUGGAUGAGUGGUUUUUGUACUUACCAGUCAUUGUAAUUGAACUGGGGAAUUUUGUAUGGGCUCGGUUUUUCUUUUAGUUGUCGUUUUAUUUUUGAACCGAGCGACUGUUGGUGGCACAGCCGGGGGGAGGAGCAGGGGCUAACGGCCGUGUUUGUGUGCGUUUGCGUGUGAGGAGACGAGGAGUUGGUGAACAGGGGAGGUGUUUUUUUUUUGUUGAGAGGACACUGAGCCGAACUCUUCCCAUGCCAUACGCCCGCCCACAACCUAUUAGGUCAGAAACGCGAGGCCUGGUAGCACUCGCGCACACACACACACACACACAAACGCGCACACGCUCACACACACCAUGGCCAAGCACAGUUUGAGUCAACACUUUGAUGAUGAUGUCAACAUUUUAAAACGACAAAACCAGCUUUAUUUUUAAUGUUUUUUUUGUUGAAAAAAGUAUGGUCAAACACCUUUUCCACGGCAGUCACUAUUGGUCAAUUGUGUUGGAAGCUGAUGGUUCAACAGGGUAACUUGAGUGGAUAAGAGUUUGUUCUUGGUUGUGACUCAAAAUCCUCCAACCUGAGUCCCUUACCUCUUUAACCCCUUUCCCUUCGAAUCUCCAAUUUAAGGGUCACUACCGUUUCCUAGUUGUUUAGGGGAAAGGUAACAUACGGAAUCCUCUCACCUGUUUCCCCUGCGGUUCUAAGUGUGUUCUAGCUGUCGGCACUCGGUUCUUUGUGCUAGCUCUGGAUUUGUUAUCAACAUUUUCUAAGAAAAUUACAAUGAGCAAAAACAGAAAUAAUAAAAAAAAAAAAAACCUUUGAAACAUUUA